AUGACACAACGCACUCUCCUUUUGUGGGCCCUCUUGGGGCUAAUAUGUGGCUCUCUAGCUGCCUAUAUACCCAAGCGUGACACGACAAUAACGAUACCCGACGGCGUCACCUACCACCCCGAGUCACAAGACAUCUGCACACAGGCAUCAUGGACGGAUGUUGCGUCGUUUUUCUUGGGAAACUACCUAUCUCAUGUCGCAACAAUAGUCAAGGCACCGGGUGAACCCCUUCAUAUUACCGCCGCAAAUAUGUUCUUCGUUUUGUUGUUUCCUUGCCUUGGAGCUGGCCGCGGCAUCCACAUGAUAUUCCGACGAGCAAGCUUGGACAAAAAACCGCUUCAGCAAGCUCUGAAAUGCCAAGCUUUGGUUAUGGUGGUUCGGGACGUGAAGUGGCAGCCGCGAGCAGGUGACAAUCUCCGCUCACUCUUAUUGUUGCCCCCGAAAGGAGUUCAAGACAGGCGUGCACCCCGCGCUUUAGGCGAGGAACACUUGGCUUUAGCCGUCAGCAAGAGCUGGAUCAAAACCCAUGGGGAAAAGAUCAAAGGAUAUACAGGCCCGCUCAAGUCUGAAGUUGCUCUUCCGCCAUGGCUGAUCAUGAACUACGGGACCGCUAGCAAACACGCCAAGGUAGCCCAAGGCUACAAUGUCUCUGGAAUCUGCGAUCUGCCAGAAGGCUAUGCACUGGCUUACGUCCCACCGAAUGCAAUGGUUGAGUCUACCAUGCCGGAAGUCGAACUAGACCGUAUUUUCCAAUCGUCCUAUAGCCUGGCUUCCGGUGUCAUCUCCAUUGUCCAAAUCUUAUCUGCUUGUUCUGCCUUGUACCAAUCCAGAGGCUAUCAAAUCACCGCCUUUGGAUAUGCAGCAUUUGGAUUCACCGUGACCCCGUAUCUGGUCAUGUCCUUCUUGAACCUGCUUGCCAAUUGCUUGAACCCAACCUAUCCCAAUAUUUAUCUCGUUCAAACGGAGAUCAUGGAUGAGGCAGUGAGCCGUGGCGGUCAUUUCACUGAUAUUGUGGGCAAAUUAGAAAGCGAGCCGCUUAUUGUUGAAGAUUUGACACUGUUCAAUGCUAGAUUCGAACAGCGCGAGGAUCAAAUGUUUUGCCGGAUCGGAGAUAGGGUGUGGGAAGAUGGGGACACAGAACCCAUCCCAGACGAAACUUUCACGCAUGAAAAGGCCAGCGAGGGUUCUAUCCGCAGGAAUACACCGAUCUUGUCCUCUGUAACUGCAUUCCCCGAGAUACCUCCACCGCAGGCUGAGGAGGCACUACAAACGCAAGAAGUGCAAUUCAAACAUGACGGCAACAACGAACAGCCUUCAAGCCGAACUUUCGAGCCUACUUUACUCAUCCCAGCCCGCUACAAGUUCAAGCUAUCCUACGCAAACACCUCGUCCACGAGCAUCCUUUACAGAAGGAAGCACUAUCAUACCCGCGCAUACCUCUCUGGUGCCCUGACCAUGGCAGUGGCUUCGUUGCCCUUCGUUCCGAUGGGCGUAAUGUCAAAGUUCCAACCAGGAGGCAGUACUGUCUCUCAGAGAGCCUGGAUCAUGGCAUGGUACGCUGCCGGAAUAGUGUCGGUCCAGAAUCCAUAUUUCGCGGAUGAGGUCAUCGAGUAUAGCUAUUAUGGCACCCGUCGUCUGAUUAAGACAUGGCACGAGUAUAGCAGGGUUCGUCAAGCCAGUUAUGUCUUCCAGAGGUUGGCUUCGUCCUUGACCGUUCUUGUGCCACUUGCGCCGGCUAUUGGUGGCUUCGUUGUGGUUGGGCAAAUGUUGAUUUCGUAUGGAUCUUGUACGGGGCUCUGA